CACCCAGUUACAGUUUACUCACUCAACAACCCACAGCGAGGUAUUUUUACUAGACCGGAAUCCGUUGCGCCCCGUCGUUAGUGCCAAUUCUCGUCUGGCACAGCCGCACACCGAAUCUCGAUCCCGAAAUGCGUCGCAGUCUUCGGCGAUCCUGUGCUGCUUGUGCUAAAUCCAAGCACAGCUGCGACCUCGCCACACCCCGUUGCUCUCGCUGCACCAAACGCAAAGUGCAGUGCGUUUACGCAAACGAGCCCCUUACCGCCGCCCUCUUACCAUCAUCAGACGAGUCCGGAGCAUCCGGGCCCUUAGUUGGCUACAAGUUCCCACCAGUUGACCCCUUUGAAUCAUACCCCUCCACGAGGUUGCCCCGGGUGCAUGUCCAACGUCUCAUCCACAGCUUUCUCCACAAGAUUGCUUUCCAAUAUUACCCCCUCGAUCUCAACGCCACCACAAAUCCCUUUCUCGUGUCCUGGUGGCCACUCGCUCUCGGUGACCCGGCUUUGUUUCACGUGUCUCUGCAGACGGCAUGCCUGGACGAGGAGUUGAUAGCCCAAAGGGGCUUUCACAACUCCGAGAUUCUCAUGGCUGAUUCUGUCGCUUUACUGCGCCGGAAGGUUGAGAACACAUCCCUGGCUGUGCAAGACGGGACCAUGAACUCAGUCAUCACUCUGGCAACUAUCGAGUUCGGCAAAGGCAAUAUCGAGGUCGCCCAAAUGCACGUCGACGGAGUAAAACGGCUGGUCGGCCUGAGGGGCGGCAUCAACUCCGUGAGGCAGACCAGCCCGCUCACUGCAAGGAUGGUUAGCUGGGUGUCGAUGCUCAUCAUGGGCCAUCCCCAGUUCGAUACACAAGAUGACAUGGGAACUGGGCAUGGCAUACCCCCUACUCCAGAAUGGCAGCUGAGUUCGGCCACCAUCCACGAAGCUCCACCCGAACUCACUUGUCUGGACAUCGAUCGCGAAGUCAACGAGGUCUUCAUCCGCCUCCGCAGUGUCUUCCAAAGGGCACAACAGAUACCGUUUACGACCACCCGGCUCCAUGAUUUGGCGUGCUUCGUCAUCCACCGGCUUCUGCCUUCGGUUCUGGACAUGGCGAGCGAAACAAAGCCGCUUACCGAAUGCGUGCGCUACGCAAUUAUUCUCUACAUGUUCAUUAUGCAGGGCCCGACCUACUUUACACAUGUAGUAAUAUUCAGCCAGAUUCUUGGCCGGCUCGUCAAGCACCUCCAACUGCGAGAGCAGGACACGCAAGACCCGAUCACCGUUUGGUUCCUCGCCGUUGGGAUGGUGGCAUCGACCGGCACACCCUACUACUCGUGGUUUAGGGACACAGCAAGGGUCACGGCUGUGGAGUUGAACCUGAGUACCUGGGAUGACGCCUCAGCUCACGUGAAAAGCGUUUUGUGGCUGGAGACACGGCAGGGUGAAGACAUAUUUCGGCCACAUUGGGACGCUAUUUUCAACGGAACGAGCACCCCAGAGCCGUCAGAUUUGGCGGUCCAUGGGUCACCAAAUAUACCUAGCGCGGCAUUCAUAUGACAUACAAGCUCAUAAUACCGUAAACGCGAGAGAUCCGUAUCCAUUAGUUGGGUGAAUGUGAUGUGCCUUUUGUAGGGAUAUCAGGAA